AUGAUUGGAAGCGCUUCCACAAAUUUCUUUGAUAUUAUAACCAAUGGAGAAAGAAUUGAGUAUGAGGUCAAGCAUGGCCGGUUAACUGGUAUUGCUAGUGGGACACUAGCCACGAAAAGGCAGGUUCCUCGAAAAAGAAGGAGGGUGAGGGCAGUAAGUAAUUUGCUUAAAAAGUAUAACAUUCACCAUAAGAUUGCUACUGCAUAUCACCCACAAACUAAUGGACUAGCAGAGGUAUCAAAUAGGGCAAUAAAGUCAAUUUUAGAGAAGUCCGUGAAUGUAAAUAGGAACUACUGGGCUAUUAAACUUGAUGAUGCUUUGUGGGCGUAUAGAACUGCUUAUAAAACUCCGUUAGGCAUGUCCCCAUAUCGCAUUAUUUUUGGUAAAGCAUGUCAUCUUCCGUUAGAAUUAGAAAAUAGAGCAUAUUGGGCUAUGCGGAAACUAAAUUUUGAUUAUGUUGCUGCAAGUGAAGCGAGAUUGCUCCAGUUACAUGAGUUGGAUGAAUUUCGUCAGUUUUCUUAUGAGAAUGCCAAGAUGUACAAAGAGCAAACUAAGAAGUGA